AGUUAGAACGCGCUUCCGGUAGAGUUCCAAUACAAGUCUUACGUCGUUCAGAUCUGCAUCUCCAGUUAAUAUUCCCCGGGCGGAAGUCCUUCGUUAGAAUAACAUUUGCUGGUUUACUCGCUAUUUCAUCAAGCAAGGGCGAGACAGUGAAUGGAAUAUGGAGUGUAUUCCACUUGCGGUUGAUGAUGUGGAUUAUAAAAAGGAGCCACUUCUAGAAGACUCAGAGUAUAAUGUCUACACCCGGUUUAUGAAGUCUCAUCGGUGCUAUGACCUGGUCCCUACCAGCUCCAAGUUGGUGGUGUUUGACACUUCACUGCAGGUUAAGAAGGCGUUUUUUGCACUGGUGUCCAAUGGGGUGAGGGCAGCGCCACUCUGGGACAGUAAGAAGCAGUGUUUUGUAGGCAUGCUGACCAUCACAGACUUCAUCAACAUCCUCCAUCGUUACUACAAGUCACCUUUGGUGCAGAUAUAUGAGCUGGAGGAGCACAAGAUUGAGACGUGGAGAGAAGUCUACCUUCAAGACUCUUUUAAGCCCCUGGUCAGCAUAUCCCCUAAUGCAAGUCUAUAUGAUGCAGUGUCUUCUCUGCUGAAGAACAAGAUCCACAGACUGCCUGUUAUUGACCCUCUGACAGGGAACACCCUCUACAUCCUCACUCACAAGCGAAUCCUCAAGUUCCUGAAGCUCUUUAUAUCAGAGAUGCCAAAACCUGCCUUCUUAGGCCAGACUCUAGAAGAGCUGGGUAUCGGAACAUUCCAGAAGAUUGCAGUGGUGCGAUAUGACACGCCCCUCUACACGGCCCUGGGCAUGUUUGUGGAGCAGAGGGUGUCUGCUCUACCUGUCAUCGAUGACAAUGGACGAGUGGUGGACAUUUAUUCCAAGUUUGAUGUUAUUAACCUAGCGGCGGAGAAGACCUACAACAACCUGGAUGUGACUGUGACCAAAGCCCUGCAGCACCGCUCUCAGUAUUUUGAGGGAGUGCUCACCUGCAACACCCACGACACACUGGAGUCCAUCAUUAACCGCCUGGUGGAGGCUGAGGUGCACAGGCUUGUGGUGGUAGAUCAGCAGGAUGUGGUCAAGGGCAUCGUCUCGCUGUCAGACAUCCUCCAGGCGCUGGUGCUCACUAAUGGAGAUGGAGACGAGGGAACUGCUUGAGGGAGUGCUGAACAGAUUUCUUCUAAAAAGGAUAGGAACAAUACAGAAAAGGAGGACCUUGGAAGAGAGAGAAAAGAUGGGAAUCUGUAAAUGUAUCUCCACUGUAUAAAUGUUCAUCUAGAACACAAGGACCCCUCUUUCUCUCACUCUCCAUGAAAACGUGAAGUCUAUUGACUUUCUCAAUCCAGCAAUAUAGACACAGACAAAGGGACAUUGUUGAAGAACACUUUAAACCAAGCCAAAAGCCAAGCAACCAAAAAGACCCAAAUAUGAAGCAGGACAUAGCUGUAUGCCCAUUGUCUUCAUGGCUGUCCAACACAAAGUAGUCUCCUCUGUAUGUGCAGGUGCUAGACCUAUACAGGACAAGUAAAAUGUCUAGUUAUGGGGAUCUGUUUUCCAUGUCUCCAACAAGUCAUGUCUCCCAUUCAGUAUGUAGAGACACUGGGGAGUGGAGUAAAUAAUUCCCCACCCUGGCCCUUAAAUUAGCAACAUUCCUUUACCCAUUAUCCUUAAUUACAUUGACAUUUUUGUCAUUUUGAACGUGAUCUUCUCCUGAGUGACUUAUGUUAGUGUGUACAGUUUUAUCCUGCCCCCCUGCUGGAAUCAAACCCACAUGCAUGGCGUUUCAAGCACCAUGCUUUACCAACUGCGCUACAUGGGACUUGUAGUCCUGGAGUCUAACGCACAACCAGCUAAUCAUGAAUGACAGGUUCAUAUAUCACAGUGGGACUUGAAGAUAUAAAAAGCCACGAUGGCAACUCCACUGCCUUGGCUUACAGUAAGUGAAGUCGGACAAAUUUGAACUGAUAUAGAUGUAAUUUUUAGGCUUUUAUUCUUUAAAUAUGAUGCACAACCACUGAAUAUUUAUGAAAUGAUAAGUUCUCUUUGAUUGGUUAUGUAGCAUUAACUACAUUUUGCUUCAUUGUUUUCUUUAGUUGUUUAAGUUUGUGAAGUGCUCUCUUAUGAAGUGGAGUUUAGUUAUGAUUUUAAAUGAUAUGUCCUUGCUUGUCUUGAAACAUCUGUGUUGACCCAGAAGACUGGAAAAUGGGUCAGUGCAGUUGUACCAUAUCUUUGUAUUUAUGGCUUUUUUUUUGUUGUUGCCAUUUUCCACAAAAUACUUCUUGAGGUAGUUGAGUAAAAUUACUUUGCCUUGCAAGUUGUACUUUUUCCCCCAACCAGAUUUAAGUUUUCAGCAACUUUUAUUGAAUCUGUGAAGGAUUUGGUCACUUGCUUAUGAACCUGUUUUAGAAUUCUGAUUGGAUCUUGUGAGUCCUUCUGAGAUAUCAUCAUGAUUUCCUCAGUAGUGCUUUUGACAUUUUUGGUAUUCCCUUUUUGUCUGUAUUCAGUUGUCAUUCAUCUCCUUGUUAUAGGAUUACAUUUUAGCCUUUUAUACUAGCACUUAUAUCCUUUUCACAUUCUCAGAGUGCAAAUCAAUCUCUAAAGGGACUCCGUUGGGCCAAUAACUUAGCACAUUUAAACAUUUGAAUAAAAAAAAAAAAUCCUUUUGGUAUGAAAUAAGAAUUAUUAAAUGUAAAUGCACAGUGUUUUUUACUAAUGUGAAUCAAAAUUCUAAUUUAAUGCAUGAGCAAUAAAUAUUGUUUCUCCAAUAUU